UGGAAAUAGAGCAAAACUCCUUUGUCACCUUCCCCAAGUGUGAUUCAAUAUAGGGACGGAACUAGGGAAGAGCCCAGCACCGGCGCCCCGUUCCAUGGAAAGUCAAAGUAUUAUCAAGUAUAAAUUCCAUGGCGCCCAGCCACUACGAAUGGUCAAAAGAGGAGAAAUAAGAAGGUAAGGGAGAGAAGGGGUGCAGACAGAGGAAUGAAGAGAGAAUGAAAGGGUGGAUGGUGACACUGUGAAACUCACCAUCGGAGAGAGGAUGGUAAGGGGAAAGGGAAAGGGCGGAUGGCAAAAAGUAAAACGAGGAUGGUAAAAAAAAGAGUUCCACUGUAGUGAUCUCUUACAUGUCAUCGUCACUUGAGGCUUCUUCCUUCAUAACCAACCUCCUCCCAGUCCUUGCUCAAAGGGGCACAACCGUCAAAUUCCUCAGAAAAGCACAGGAGCUUCAUGGCCUCAUUGUCACCUCCACGUCCACGGCUUCUAAAUCUCCGUAUGUAUUCAACAACAUCCUGUCCAUGUAUGUGAGAUGCGGAUCUCUUUCGGAUGCUAGGAAGGUGUUUGAUUGUAUGCCACAAAGAAACGUAGUCACAUAUAACGCCCUAGUGUCUGCACAUUCUUCUUGUCCCCGUCUGGGUGUCUUCUGUUUCCAACUAUUGACACGGAUGCAAGAGGAGAGACUCACCCCCAAUGCCUCAACCUUUACGAGCCUAUUAAAGGCAUCAUCUACCAUAAAAAACUGGAUUCUGGGUUGCAUGAUACACGCCCAGUGUUUGAAGUUUAAUUGCCUGAUGAAUGUUCGUGUCCAGACAUCUCUACUGGGGAUGUACUCGAACUGUGGCGAUUUGGUCCACGCAAACAAAGUUUUUAGCGGUAUGGUUCAAGCAGAUUCAUUUGCUUGGGAUUCUUUAAUUUUCGGGCACAUUGAAAAUGGUGAGAUCAUAGAAUGUUUCCAACUUUUCAAAACCAUGCUGAGCACUGCAGUUAUUCCCACACAUUUUACCUUCUCUAUGUUAUUGAAUGCUUGUAGCAGGUUGAGAGAUUAUCGCACAGGGAAACUUCUUCAUGCUCAGUUGAUCCUAUCUGGGGUAUAUGCUGACCUACCUUUACACAAUGCUCUUCUUGAUAUGUAUUGUAAUUGUGGUGACGUGAUAACAGCAUUGGAUAUUUUUAAAAAGAUUGACAAUCCGGAUUCAGUGUCUUGGAACUCAAUGAUAUCUGGAUAUGCAGAGAACAGAGACGGAGAGAGUGCAAUGAGAAUGUUUGUCCAGUUUUUACAAAGAUCUCUAAGCCCACCGGAUGGAUAUACUUUUGCAUCUAUUAUUUCUGCCACAUGUGCAUAUCAGGCGGAGUAUUAUGGGAAACCCCUUCAUGCCCAAGCUGAGAAGGCGGGACUCGGGAGUAACGUCUAUAUUGUGAGUACAUUGUUAACCUUGUACUUUAACAUCAAUGAAGCUGAUUCAGCACAAAAGAUAUUCUCUUCAGUUUCAGAGAAAGAUAUAGUUCUCUGGACUGACAUGAUAGUCGGCCAUUGUAGAAUCGGUGACACCGAUGGAUCUCUCAGAUUAUUCCAUGGAAUGUUCCAGAACGGUCUAGAGAUUGAUAAAUUCACUCUUAGCGCAAUUCUCAACACUUGUGCGGAAGGAGCAACUCUUAGACAAGGAGAGAUGGUUCAUUGCCUUGUGAUGAAGAAAGGGUGUGGUUCUGAAAUGAGUAUUUGUGGGAAUCUUGUGGAUAUGUAUGCCAAAAAUGGAGACCUCAAAUCUUCAAAACUUGUGUUUUCACUUACAAAUAAACCAGAUUUAAAAUGUUGGAAUGCAAUGUUGGGAGGGUAUGGAUAUCAUGGGCAGCCUGAACAUGCAUUCAGGACUUUCAAUGAGAUUAUAAACAAUGGUCUAGAACCAGAUGAGGUAACAUUUUUGUCUUUGCUCUCCUCUUGUAGCCAUAGCGGUUUGUUCAUCAAGGCGAAGCACUUGUGGAACUCCAUGAAAGAAAAAGGGAUAAAACCGGGACCCAAACACUACUCCUGCAUGAUUGCAUUGUUGAGUCGGGCGGGGUUGCUAGAGGAGGCAGAAGAGUUCAUUAUUGAAGAACUCCCGGUUGGUGAUUAUCAUCACCUUGAAGCAUGGAGGAUUCUUCUGAGCUAUUGUGUUCACUAUGGAGAUUUAAUAGUAGGGAUGAGGGCAUCCAGACAUGUGGUUGAUUUGGAUGCGACGGACAGUGCAACAAACAUAUUAGUUUCAAAUUUUUACGCUGCUGUGGGAAGAUGGGAUGAUGUCAGAGAGAUGAGGAGAAAGAUAAAAGAGACGGUGAUUGAGAAAGAUCCGGGUUUUAGUUGGUUAGAGGGAAUGAAUAACAAGACACAUGUAUUUUCUUCUUUAGAUCUGUCACACCCACAGAGUGGAAUGAUGGAAGCUAUGUUGCAUGGGUUGCUGGAAACAAUGAUACAUUCAGAAGCUGGUGAAUUUGACCUUACAGGGAAUUAAUUAGUUGGACAGCAAUGACACCUUCACAAGCUCAUGAUUUUAAAAUGCAAAAGAAAAAUUGAUAGAGACCAAUAGGUUAUUGGCGUUUCGACGUCACUGCCAACUGGGGCCCUCCACUGUGGACUACAUUGUACAGUGAGAAGAGCCCAUCUAGUCCAACCGGUUGUGGUCGCGUGGACUAAUCGUAGUGCAAUUUUUCUUCCUCCUCCUGGGAAAUGAAGAAACGUACAUGGAGCAGUCCCAAAUUCUAUUGAUCUGUCAAUGCCCCCAUGCUAAAAGAAGAUGCUAUUUGUAUUGUAGCAAAAAUGUGAACAGGGGUUCAACUUCUGGGGGUUCUGACUGUGAUGGGGAUAGUUUCUCAAAGAUUUUGAGAUUGAGAGUUGCAUGCAUCUUGAUCCAAACUGUUCCGGUGAAGAUAAAUAUGUCACUUAGAUGGUCGGGGUUAGAGAACUCGGAAGUCCCGUUUGACAUUCGUGCAUCAAGUUCCCCACUAAAAAAAUGGAGUGGGAAUGGCUCGGAUUGACUAGCAAACAACAUGAUCAUGUUAUCGAGAGGUCGUAAGAAGGAUCAGCGUCCGGGACCUAAGGGUGUCCCGGGUCAGAGCGUGAAGAAGAACCAUCCGAAUAAGGGGGAUAAAAUCAUCCGGAAUUGGAACUGAACCAGAGGGCCAAUUUACCUAUCCCACCUCGGGCAAGCCGCCCGCUCGACACUAACAUACUCAAGAAUAUCCUCAAGAAUAAUAGUUUGAUUCACUAUGUGUAAUGCAAAUAUGCGAUCAUUUUGAUUGUUUGUGGUUCUCAAAAGUGAUGCCCUAGAAUACUCAAAUUGUAUGUGAUCAUCGCAUUUAAUUUUGUUAUUUCGAAAAAUAUUAUAAAAUCAAUUUAUGUACCAUAGCUUCUGCUUAAAGUCAUAGCUUUAUAAAUAGGGAUUAAACACAUACAAGUAUACAACUGUAACUUAUUUCAUCAACUUAUCCUGAGUCCUCUAAUUCCACAGUCCAAUAAGUCAAU